AUGGCUUCUGAGAUCAGCUUCAAGCCGAUGUUCUCCGACCUUCAAUUCGAGUUUGAUGAAUCUGAGGAUUGUUGGGUCCGCAAGCCAAUUUUCUCAGACCUUCAAUUCGAGUUUGAUGAAUCCGAGGAUUGUUGGGUCCGCGGUGACGACAAGGUUGCAGUAGUGUCCGAGACGAGGUGGUCGCCGACGACGGUACUACCGAAUGGUGGCGGAAGUAGCGUGGUUGAGCAGGUGGCGGUGACGGCGGUGGGUGUGAAGUCGGUGCCGAUGAAGAUACCGGAUUGGAGGAGGAUCCUGGGCGUGGCGUUCCAGCAGGAUCAGCGAGCCCGACAAGACAGCGACUAUAAUGCGCCAUGGUCGGUGGAGGAGGACGAGUACCUUGGACUGCCGCCGCAUUUGUACUUGGCGAGGACGAGAGUGGCGUCCCUGUCGGGGAGGAGUGUGAAGGGGAGAGAUCUGUGGCGACUAAGAAACGCUAUUUGGAAACAAAUUGGUUUCGAAGAUUAG